CUUUGCUCGAUCAAUCUGUAAGAGUAAGAGUACCCUCUUGUGAUCGAGUUUGUUUGUUCUUUUACGGAUUUUCCGGCGAGAAACAAUGUUUCGGACAUUGGGUUUUGGCAUAAGUACAAGCAUCCUUCUUAUACCAGCCCUUUUCCUCGAUAGACAACGGUGCACUGUCUCUGCAGCUGAGAAAAACGCAAAACCUAACAUAGCAAUCAUUGGAGCAGGCAUUGGUGGUUCGAGUGCCGCGCAUUUCAUUCGACAACUCUUUGGACCCGAGGCAACAAUUGAUGUUUACGAGGCAUCAGAUAGGAUAGGGGGACGUUUGAGUACCGUGGAAAUUGCUGGGAAAAGGUUUGAAUCAGGAGGAUCGAUAAUACAUAAGAGUAACAAAUACAUGGCAGAUUUCGUCGAGUAUCUCGGUACGUAACUCAGUUUCAUUUCUGCUUAAAGACAUUCUUUUGUUAUUAUUGGUGCUUAAGUUAAAUAAUCACAAUCAAUAGUGAUAUAUCUAGUUCUUUUAAGAUUCUCUGACAUCCAUUGAUUGGAUCAUUUCGAUUUUACAGAACAACAAGGAACGCUUACCUCUUUUGGUAGAUCGGAAGCUUAAGCUAGAGAUUAAUUUGUCAGAUUUCAAAGUAUUUUUCCUUGAUUUUUACUAAGAAGAAAUAAAUGAAAUAAAAAUGAAAUUUAAGUAAUGAAACACUUCCAGAUUUUGUUGAUGGGCUACGAGAGGCAAGAUUGGUAAGAACAAAACAAUGACUUCCUGCUAACCGCAUUCAGGUGUUCCCACUCUCCCCUCAGGAAACUGGUAAUGACAUAAGAUAAAUGAAAUGCAUCAAAGCAAAACAUGAAAAAAAUGGAAAAAAAUGAUAGAAAAAGUUAUGACAAUUUUUCAGAUACCUACCUCUAGCUUGUAACACUUUCAUAUUCCUAAUCCAUGGCACUUAGCGAGGAGUGGAUGUAUUAAACAUUUAGAACCCUUAUCACAACUUAACCCUUUACACCCUAACACCAGUAUGUAUAUUCUCCAUACUGUUCUCCAUACAUUUCUUAAGAUGCUAACAAGGAGAAUUUUUAACCAUCAAGAACUUCUUUAGUUCUUGAUCAUUUCCUUUAUUCUCAUGACGUUAAUGUUUUAUUCAGGGAUGAUUUACAAUAAAUAAGAUAAUACACAGGUAAUUGUGAGUGAGUAAGAUAUCAAGUUGAAUACUCAUAGAGAAAUCCCAUAUCUAUGUUUUCCCAUGUAUUAUUCCCUAUAUAUUUGAUGUAAAUGUUUACUCCAUGUCCAUUCUAGACUUCAAACACCAAGAAAUAAAAAUGUCAUUUCUUGCUUCAUGACCAUCAAAUGUAAGCCACCAAUUGGAAACCUUCAUUGCAUUUUUUCCUCCUUUCCGCAGUGACCAAAACAAUAACAGCUUGGAGCAUGUGACAUAUUUAUUAAUUUUCUUAUUUUUUCUCCAUAAACAGGGUUAAAAAAACUGAAAAGCAGUGAACCUAACAGUCUUCUUGGAAUUUAUAAUGGGGAAGAAUUUGUCUUUUAUGGUAGUAGAUGGAAACUUGUGAAUUUCAUAAAGCUUGUUUGGCGGUAUGGCUUGUUUGACUUGUACACCAUGAACAAUUUCAUCACAGAAAUGUUAACAAACUUUUCAAAUAUUUAUGAUCUACAAGUUAAGGAACAGGCAUUCAAUACUGUGCCAGAAAUGUUGCGAGCUCUAGGUGGAGAGAAUUUCUAUGAGUACACACAGCAAACAACACGACAAACUUUGGAGAAUAUUGGUCUUAAUCAAUUGUUAAUAGAUGAGUUAGUGACAGUUGUCAUGAGGAUCAAUUAUGGUCAAGAUGUGACUCUAAAUGGGUUUGCAGGUAAGUUGUCUGACUCAGUGCAUUAUUAAUUUUUUCCAACUGGUUGGCUCCACAAGUGGUCAAGAUAAGACAAAUACUGUGUUCUAAGCAGGCAUGGUGGUCCUGUUUUGCCAACUUAGAUUGGGCACUGUGAAACAGUCACUGUGACUGGUUGACAUACUACAUAACUUUUGACAAUUUUUUUGAUUGCAAGCAAAUCUUUUGUAAUGGUAUUUACAUCACUGGGAUCGCAUGUCUUGAAGCCAAGAAACAAAGAAAACUGAGACAACAUUACUGAAAUUCCUUUGUUUUUCCCAUGGCCUCAUUUUUUUGUCUGAGCCAGAGGAAAGAUUCUUUGGUUAGUGGUGUAAAUUUAGUUGUCCAACUAAAUUUGAAUUAAAAUCAGAUCCUAGGUCAAAAGGUGGAGUGGCAGAGAUAUUGUCAUUUGCAUUCACUUUUUGAUUUUCAAUUUUUCCUAAGUUGAAAAUCCUAAAAAUGGAUCUUGUGGAUAAUGCCCUUCAGUCAGUGUUUUUUUUGAGACACUCUACUGUCACAGGAGUUAUCUAAUAUGAAUUGUCAAGGAAAUUUAAAGAACUAGGGGAGGGGGUUGUUGUUGCUUUUUCCAAAGAUACCAAGGAUAUGCCAGCAGUUAUGGGGCGUUGGGCCUCUUAAAGUGCCACCCUCAACAUCAAGGUAAAAUUUGCACAUUGGGCACAAGAAAAAGAUUAAAAAAUAUUAUGACAUAGCUCCUUUAAUUGUUUGGGAUGCCUAGUUGUGAGAGUUAAGAGUGCUCAGCUGUGCCUUGCUGUGAGGGUUUUGCCUUCAGGUUCUCCAGAUUUAAGAGUUUCUCAACAGAACACUGAGAAUGCUUCAAAUUCCAGUUUGACUUCGAAACAGUGGAUGAAGAGCCACUUCAUGGAUCUGCCACUGCUUAAUUCCAUGAUUACUAUUAAAGUUAAUGAUUUGAAUUUGGGAGUAACAGGUGAUCAUUUAAUCUGAUUGUCCAGUUGAGAGUAGUCCUGGGAAGUCCUGUUGUUGGUGGUGAUGACUGAUGUUUCCACAACCUUAGAGGAAGUCAUCAUCAAAGUCGAUGCCACUCUGAAAAUGGUGUCCUCUAAGGCUGUUGAAAUGGUAGUCACCACCACCAUCAACAGUCCUCAGGACCAUCCUCAAUUGGACAGUUAGAAUACAUUAUCCCAUUAUUUCCAUCAUCAUCAUUAUUAUUAUAAUUAUUGUUGUCUAUCUGUUUUUUUAAAAGGAGCAGUGUCCUUAGCAGGAUCACAGGGUGGUCUUUGGUCUGUUGAGGGAGGGAACUGGAAGGUUUGCGAUGGAUUACUUUCCAGCUCAAAUGCUACUGUGUACAAAAACACCAAGAUAUUAGAGAUUGUGAAAAGAAGUCAAGGAAGUUCUGUAUGCCCUGUGUACACCUUAAAAAGUGACAGCCAAAUUCCAGAUCAGCAUUAUGAUGUUGUCAUUGUUGCAGCACCCUUAGAGAUUGCAGAUUACUAUUUUGAUUGCAAAGACUGCAACAACUGGCCUACUCCAAAAGACCUAGGAGAAUUUUGGCGCACAAUUGCUACUUUUAUACAUGGUCAAGUCAACAUGACUCAUUUUGGAUUUUCAACUGAGGAUGAUAUUCCAGAAGUGAUAGGCACAACAGAAACACCCACAAACUUUUUUAACUCUAUUGGCAAGCAGGAGCCUGUUGAAAACAGGACAGAAAUUGAUCCAAAGGAAUUGCCCAUUAACAAAAUUUUUUCACGCUCUAAUCUGACUGCAUUGCAACUUAAUAAACUGUUUAGCAGAGUAGAUGAGAUGAAGGUAGUAUCAUGGCUGGCAUAUCCACACUUUACCCCUCCUGAAAAGUUUUGGUCAUUUGUUUUGGAUGAUGGAGUGUUCUUUGUCAAUGCAAUUGAAUAUUCUGCAAGUGCAAUGGAGAUGUCAGCAGUUAGUGCUAAAAAUGCAGCUUUAUUAGCACAUCAUUACUACUCUGGCAAGCUAUCAGAUGCACACAUCAAUGACAAGCCCUCAAAUCUCAGGAGUGAGCUAUGAGAUUAGAUAAAGUAACAUUUACGUGUUUACUAAACUGUUUAAGCUUAUUUUCGAAUGACACCACAGUAGCCUUAUUGGUCACUUAAACAAUGGUAUGGCUCCUGUGUUGGUAUAACAAGUCAGACCUUUGUGAUUUUUGAAUAUAUUUUGUUGUACAUGAAACUUUCUUUCAUUCCAAGAAAUCUCUAUGGCUUCCACCAUGGGAUUGUAAACACAAAUAUCUACAAUAAAAUGCCCCUAUAAAAAAAUUGUAUACCAAACUCAAACGUCAAAUAUUUUUUCCACUUUAAUG